AAGUCCCGUGUCACAGAGAGCACCAAAUGGUCAGAACAAGCUCCGCUCUUCCAAUAACAGUUCUACCACGUCGUUUCGUCUCCAUCUCCGUUGUCGUCAUCCUCAUUCUCCUUUUAAUUCUUCCUAAAGCCUCCGCAAAUGGUGGAGGCGAGUUCAGUGGAGAGUACUCCAAGUUAUCAGGAAUCAUUAUACCAGGUUUCGCCUCCACUCGACUGAGAGCAUGGUCAAUCCUCGACUGUCCUUACUCUCCUCUCGAUUUCAAUCCUCUCGACCUCGUCUGGCUCGACACAACCAAACUUCUAUCUGCUGUGAACUGUUGGCUCAAGUGCAUGAUACUAGAUCCUUACAAUCAAACAGAUCAUCCUGAAUGCAAGUCUCGGCCAGAUAGUGGUCUUUCAGCUAUUACAGAACUUGAUCCAGGCUACAUAACAGGUCCUCUGUCCUCUAUAUGGAAAGAAUGGAUAAAAUGGUGCAUUGAGUUCGGCAUAGAAGCUAAUGCAAUCAUUGCUGUUCCAUAUGAUUGGAGAUUGUCGCCAUCAAAGCUUGAAGAGCGAGACCUAUAUUUUCACAAGCUAAAGUUGACAUUAGAAACUGCCUUGAAACUUCAUGGUGGCCCUUCUUUAGUGUUUGCCCAUUCGUUGGGUAACAAUGUAUUCCGUUAUUUUCUGGAGUGGCUUAAGCUAGAAAUUGCUCCAAAACAAUAUGUGCAGUGGCUGGAUGAACAUAUUCAUGCCUAUUUUGCUGUUGGAUCUCCUUUUCUUGGUGCAGCUGAGACAAUUAAAGCAACACUCUCUGGUCUCACCUUUGGUCUUCCUGUUUCUGAGGGAACAGCUCGAUUGAUGGUUAAUUCAUUUGGUUCUUCAUUAUGGAUGAUGCCAUUUUCAAAGCAUUGUAUAGGUGAUAGCACUUAUUGGAAGCAUUUCUCUGGGAAUACCAGAAAUGGUCAUCACGCUUAUCAGUGUGAUGCACAGGAGUUUCAGUUAAACUUCUCUGGAUGGCCGACUAAUAUAGUCAAUGUUGAAAUUCCUCUAGUACAUGCAGGAUUGGUAUCCUAUCCAUCAAUUUCAGAAGAAUCUGAGACCAACUUAUCCACUGUGAAAUGUGGACAUCCUAGUCAACUAUCCUUCUCUGCUCGUGAAGUAUCAGAUGGUGCCUUUUUCAAAUCGAUACAGGAUUAUGACCCAGAAAGCAAAAGGCUCUUGUAUCUAUUAGACAAGUCAUAUCAUAGUGAUCCUGUUCUAAAUCCUCUUUCACCCUGGGAGAGACCACCUAUAAAAAAUAUUUUUUGUAUCUAUGGAAUAGACUUAAAGACUGAGGUGGGAUACUAUUAUGCGCCAAGUGGCAAGCCUUACCCUGAUAAUUGGAUCAUAACAGAUGUCAUAUAUGAGAUUGAAGGAUCUCUGUUGUCAAGGUCAGGGAGUCAAGUUGAAGGAAAUCCAGGAAGAGCAAGUGGGGAUGAGACGGUACCAUACCAUUCUCUCUCCUGGUGUAAGAGUUGGCUUGGACCAAAAGUAAACAUAACUAGGGCUCCUCAGUCUGAGCAUGAUGGAUCCAAUGUACAAGUUGAACUGAAUGUAGGACAUCAUCAUGAUGCCGAUAUAGUUCCUAACAUGACAAGAAUCCCAAGGGUUAAGUACAUAACAUACUAUGAAGAUUCUGAAAGUAUCCCUGGGAGGAGGACAGCAGUUUGGGAGCUUGAUAAAACAAAUCACAGGAACAUCGUUCGUUCCCCAAUUCUAAUGCGGGAGUUGUGGCUCCAGAUGUGGCAUGAUAUUCAUCCUGAUGCAACAUCAAAAUUUGUAACAAAAGCUAAGCGGGGACCUCUGAGAGAUAAGGACUGUUACUGGGAAUAUGGGAAAGCUCGCUGUGCAUGGCCUGAGCACUGUGAAUAUAGGUAUGUUUUUGGGGAUAUUCACCUAGGACAGAGCUGUAGGCUAAAGAAUUCUUCAGCGGAUCUGCUCUUGCAUUACGUAUAAAAUCAGAAGGUGACAUAUCACGCAAUUCAAGUCGCAGUACGAUCAUGGUCAUAAUUACUUUGAAUGAUGAAGCCCACAAGGAUCUAGUCUCUUAUAAUAUGUUGUUACUGUAGCAAGUCAUUUUUUGGUAUAACACGGAACCAGGUAAGUCUCAUCGUUGGACUGCUUGUUGCAGAAUCAUCUGAGAUCUGACAAACUUUAGUUACCUCGGUGUUGCAACUUUGCUCCAAGCCUUUUUUUGAGAACCAAAUAAUUUGUAUGUUUCGGAUGUUGACCAUAGUAUAGCGUAGAUUAAUGGAGAAAUGUGUUGGCUUAUCUGCGACAUACGCGAUCUGGGAAGAGCAGUCGGCAGUCAAAACUUCAUUAAACAAGACUAGACCCUGCCAUUCAUUUAGAUCGUUUACACUUGUAGUCAUUCAUUUCAAUUUCUUGAUUUUUAAUGAUGAUAUGUGAAAUAAUAAUUGAAGUAUAUUGGUUCUUCG